CCGGCGCGCUCCGCCCCUUUACUCCUGGCGGUUGGGCGAGCCGGGUGUCUGCUGCAGCGGCCGCGGUGGCGGAGGAGGCCCGAGAGGACUUGGCGGCAGCGGCGGCGGCGGGACCAGCAGCAGCAGCAGCAGCAGCAGCAGCAGCAGCUACAAGCCCCCUGUGCCGCGGCCCUGCCGCACGAGUCCCGCGAGCCUCCCACCCCGCCGCCCUCGGCGCUGCCUGACCUCGCCUGCCCGUCGGCCAGCCGCCAGCCCCCCCAGUUGUCCUCCGACUCGCCCUCGGCCUUCCGCGCCAGCUGCAGCCACAGCCGCAACGCCACCCGCAGCCUCAGCCACAGCCGUAGGCACAGCCACCGGCACAACCCUAGCCCCAGUUCCUGCUGCAGCUCCUCUAGACACAGGCCCUACACUGACACCCUGGAGGUUGGGAUGCUCUUGUCCAAAAUCAACUCGCUUGCCCACCUGCGCGCCGCGCCCUGCAACGACCUGCACGCCACCAAGCUGGCGCCAGGCAAGGAGAAGGAGCCCCUGGAGUCGCAGUACCAGGUGGGCCCGCUACUGGGUAGCGGCGGCUUUGGCUCGGUCUACUCAGGCAUCCGUGUCGCCGACAACUUGCCGGUGGCUAUCAAGCACGUGGAGAAGGACCGGAUUUCCGACUGGGGAGAGCUGCCCAGUGGCACCCGAGUGCCCAUGGAAGUGGUCCUGCUGAAGAAGGUGAGCUCGGGCUUCUCCGGCGUCAUUAGGCUCCUGGACUGGUUCGAGAGGCCCGACAGUUUCGUCCUGAUCCUGGAGAGGCCGGAGCCGGUGCAAGACCUCUUCGACUUUAUCACGGAAAGGGGGGCCCUGCAGGAGGAGCUGGCCCGCAGCUUCUUCUGGCAGGUGCUGGAGGCCGUGCGGCACUGCCACAACUGCGGGGUGCUCCACCGCGACAUCAAGGACGAGAACAUCCUCAUCGACCUCCAUCGCGGCGAGCUCAAGCUCAUCGACUUCGGGUCGGGGGCGCUGCUCAAGGACACGGUCUACACGGACUUUGAUGGGACCCGAGUGUAUAGUCCUCCAGAGUGGAUCCGCUACCAUCGCUACCAUGGCAGGUCUGCGGCUGUCUGGUCUCUGGGGAUCCUGCUGUAUGAUAUGGUCUGUGGAGAUAUUCCUUUUGAGCACGAUGAAGAGAUCAUCAGGGGCCAAGUCUUCUUCAGGCAGAGGGUGUCUUCAGGUAACUUCUGGGAAGCCCCUUGUUGAGAAAGCAGGAGUCCCAGGUGGUUAGUCCUCCAAGGAUAGUCUUUGGAUUCUGGAGCGCUUGACUCCAGGAGAUGCCAGCUGACCUUUGGCUUAGCAGAAUCCUAGGCCAGUGAUUCUCCCUGGAGAGCUGGCCCCAGCAGUCGAAUGGUUUGUAGUUGAGCAUUCCUUGGGGAGGUCGCAGGAAGAGCAAGUGGGAGAAUAUUAAGAAAAAAAAACCAUCUCGUUUUGUUGAAAGGCUCUUUAAAGUACCAACAGUCAUUCUGAUCCCGUAGCUCCUGGCUGUUUUGCCAGGGAGUGAAAAGUUGAGGGCUCUUCCUUGUUUCUCCCUUAAGGCAGGCUCUAAAUAUUGCAGUUCCAGUGACCUCAUUGUGGGUGGUGUUCAUAUUUGUAAGUUGGUAGGUGAUUUGAAUCACCUCAUCAUGCUCAGUGGUGUCUCAUCAAAAUCCCUUGUCAUCAUCUUUCCUAUUUCUGGUGAGUGGGCGUCGUGAGAAAGGCCCAGCUAUUGAAGUUUGAAAACCACAGGUUUAAGAAGGGAGCUGUUUUUUUUUUUUUUUU